AUGACUUACGUAAUAGUUGGGUCUGUUCCCAUUGAUGGGGAUUAUAAUAAAGAUAUAGAAGAGCAAUAUAAUUCAAAACUAAAUCAAAAUAUAUUGUGUAAUUCAAAUCAUUCAAGUAUUACCAGAAAAAAAGAUCAAAAUUUAAGUAAUGGAUUGUGUAAGUUAUGUAAUAUUAAUCAACAACUUAAAGUUCGACAGCUAGCAUUAUUUGUUCCUCUUAAUGAGGAAUUUUAUGAUGAUGAAGUCGAGGAGUACAGGCAAAAAUUAGAAAAAGCAUAUAAAUUGUGUCACAGUUGUGAAAAAAUUUUAGAAAAAAAAUUGGGUGAUCAAAAGCAUAUAAAUAAUACUUUUUCGUUAUUAUUAACUUUGGCACUAAUUGUUCAUUAUGAUACUAAAAUCAAUUUUGUGAACCUAUAUAUGCCUAAUUUUGAAUCUUUGGACUCUUGGCACUUUAUUUCAGAGGUAGCCUUAUUUUAUUUAGAUAUAAUUUACAAAUAUAAAGCUGAAAUACCGUUAGCUGGAAUAUUAACUUCCUUGAUGCUUAAUUUUGAAAGUCACUGUUUACAAAAUUACAUAAAAAAUUUGUUUUGGGGAUUUCUGUAUUUACUAUUCUGGUCUAAUUAUAUAGAACUACAAAUUCUAAUGUGUGGAGUACUUACAAUUUUAAAUUAUCAAACUGGACUUUCUAAGAAAAUUUACUUUGAAAAAUCAUUUCCCAGAAAGUCCGACUAUAAAGCUGAUAAUGAUUCAAAAAAUAGUAAUCUUUCAUUUUCCCAGCUGCAAAGAACUGGAAAAAUGAAAAAUUUAAGUCAGGAUUUAAUAGCUGAAGCAAGUAGUGAUUUAUGUUUGAAUGAAAAAGAUGAUAUUAAACAAGCAAGUAAGUGCAUACAACAAUCAAUUAUUGACAGCACAAUGUUGCCAAGUAAACGAAAUGUAAAAGAAAGUGAAGUAUUUGAUGAGUCACAAUUAAAUAUACAAUUUCAUGAAAAAUGUCAUUCAAACAUUACUUCUAGCAUUAAUAAAAAUAUUUUAAAAUCUAAAAAUUUAUCAAGUGUCGGUGAAAAAUUUUGUUUUGCUCUAGAUGACGUUAAUAAUCAUUUAAAUGAAUUGAACUUGGGUAAAAAUCAUAGAAAACAAAACAGGACUUCAAAUUUUCUUUUUGAUGGUAAUAAUUUUUCAAUAAAAAAAAUAUCUCCAAAAACUGUCAUUAAACCAGCAAAAUUUAUCAGAAAUUUAUCUAAUUCUUGGACAAAUUUAGAUUUUAAUGAAUCAUCUUCAAGAAGUUCAACUCCAUGCACAGGUUAUUCUUAUUCAAAAAUAGAUCAAUAUAGAUUUGAAUUAAACAAACCCUUAAAUUUCUCAUCUUCAGGAUCAUUUGUGAAACAAUGUUACUGUGAUUGUUGUGAUAAUCAUAAAAAAUUAAAUUCAAAUUAUUAUUCUCCAACAUUUUUACCACUUCAAAAUUUUUCAACCCCUAUUCGACAUUCGCCAUUUUAUUCAUAUGGAUCAUUUUCUAAUUCAUCUAACUCAAAAUCUAAUGAAAAUAUAUUUCAGAGUAGUUGUGAACUGCUUAACAAAAAUAAUAAUAAACUUCUAAAAUAUCUUCCAAAAAUGAAUUUUUUUUUUUAA